ACUUCCGGCCCGAGGCCACGCCCCCGGAAGCAGCGCCCGGGUUCCGAAAGCGCGCGCGGAACGCGGGUUGGAAGAGCAGGGAUCGGAGAGCACGGGAGCAGAGCCCGGGUCUGGGGCUCUCCAGGGGACCAUGGGCACUUCCAGGCUCUAUACCUUGGUGCUGGUGCUGCAGCCUCAGCGAGUGCUCUUGGGCAUGAAGAAGAGAGGCUUCGGGGUCGGCCGCUGGAAUGGCUUCGGGGGCAAAGUUCAAGACGGAGAGACCAUCGAGGACGGGGCCAAAAGGGAGCUACAGGAGGAGAGUGGUCUGACCGUGAACACGCUUCACAAGGUGGGCCACAUCGUGUUUGAGUUCGUGGGUGAGCCUGAGCUGAUGGACGUGCACAUAUUCUGCACAGAGAGUGUCCAGGGGACGCCCACGGAGAGCGACGGUGAGUGUGGGAGUCCGUCCCUUCUCCCUACCCCGGCGGGCAAGGGGAAGCCAGGUCCAGGUCCCGGGAGGCAGACGCUGCGCCAGCUCCCAACUCUAAGCCCCGUUCCUCUUCCACACAGGGACACAGCUGGGAGGACUGAACCCCAGAGCGUGUCCAGUUCCUCACAGAUGUGCGUGGGGAUUGCUCACUGAUGGGCAGUUGCAGCCCAGGGGGAACAUGCGCACACUCUCCUUUCCACCCGCUACAGAAAUGCGCCCUCAGUGGUUCCAGCUAGACCAGAUCCCCUUUGCGGACAUGUGGCCCGAUGACAGCUACUGGUUUCC